AUGGAGGAGAAAAGCGAAGUAAGCGCUGUGGGGGAUUGCUGCCUCCUUUCUGGACUUCGGUGGAGUUUAAAGAGAUGCUGCCCCAAAAAACUGAGACGAUUCUGCAAACGAGUAAGAAAAGCUUUCAGAAGCGCUGUGAGGCGGCCGAGGAGGAGAGCUGACAGCACGGAGCACCCGGCCAGUAGAGUCGUACUCAAAAGAAAGAGAGAGAGCAGCAGUUCAGAGGAAGAAAGAUGUAGAGGAAGGAAGAGGAGAAGAGUAACUGCUAAUGACAGAGAUGAUGGCAGCCAGGAUCUGGGGCAGCAGGGGGAACAAAAAAGACCUGAACACCGGAAGCAACGCAUGCUGAUGAAGGGAAAGGUCCCCAUCAAAAGACGCAGGAGUCAGCAGGAGAGUAUCGUUCCUGCUAAAAGAUUUAGGAGUCUUCUCCCCGUGUCAGAAUCCGGCUUCACCUUCCAUUCCGUGCUGGGACAAGGAGCCUUUGGAAAGGCCGCGUUGGCUUCCGUCCCUGCCAGGGACUCCCCGGUAGCGGUUAAGCUCAUCAGCACGAACACCAUGAGACCUGAGAGCAUUACAAAGGAGAGGAGAAGAGUAACUGCUAAUGACAGAGAUGAUGGCAGCCAGGAUCUGGGGCAGCAGGGGGAACAAAAAGGACCUGAACACCUGAAGCAAUGCAUGCUGAUGAAGGGAAAGGUCCCCAUCAAAAGACGCAGGAGUCAGCAGGAGAGUAUCGUUCCUGCCAAAAGAUUUAGGAGUCUUCUCCCCAUGUCAAUCUUUCACUUCACCUUCCAUUCCGUGCUGGGAAAAGGAGCCUUUGGAAAGGUGGUGUUGGCUUCUGUCCCUGCCAGGGACUCCCCGGUAGCGGUUAAGGUGAUCAGCAAGAACGCCAUGAGACCCGAGAACAUUAUGAAGGAGAGGAGGACCCUGGAGGUGGCUCGGAACAGCCCAUUCCUGUGCCAUGGAUACGCAGCCUUCCAAACACAGACCUGCGCAGUCCUUGUCAUGGAGUAUAUGGCUGGAGGGAGCUUCGAGUUCUAUCUGAAGAUUUACCGCUCCUUCACUCAGUCCGCAGCUGCCUUUUAUUCAGCGGAAAUCGUGUGCGGCGUCCAGUUCCUCCACUCUCGGGGAAUAAUACAUCGCGACCUGAAGGCGGACAACGUCUUGUUUGAUGCAGAAGGCCACGCAAAGAUCUGCGAUUUUGGAAUUGUUGCAGAAAAUGUUUUCGGGACCGCAGAGGUCACAGAACCUUGCGGCACAUUUAUGUACAUGGCCCCAGAAGUACAUCUCAAGAAAGCAUAUGGCGCUGCCGUGGACUGGUGGUCCUUCGGGGUGUUGCUUAACCGCAUGCUGACCGAAGCUUACCCUUUCUUUGCCGGCAAAUGCAGGGAGGCUCGCUUCAGAGAUAUCGUGCAUGGCAGCCCCCGGCUUAGCAAAAACCUGAGCAGGAAAGGACGCGACAUCUUGAAGCAACUCUUGGAGAAAGAUCCUGAGCGUCGCCUCGGACUGAAAGGAGAUAUCAGACGGCAUCCGUUCUUUCGAAAGAUCAAGUGGGACGACAUCGAGAGCCGACGUGCGACCCCCCCGUACCGGCCGACGGUAAGAUUAGAUCUCCACCGGAAUAAACGCUGCACGUAUCCAUCGGUUCUGCGGAUCCCAGAGAACCUUUCCUCUUCAUCCGAUAGAAAGGAACUGUCUGGCUUUUCCUCUUCAUCCGAUAGAAAGGAACUGUCUGGCUUUUCCUCUUCAUCCGAUAGAAAGGAACUGUCUGGCUUUACCUUUAGAUUCACCUUCCGCCUGCCCCCGGGUUCUGAGACCCAAGACUGGAAAUCUCUGAAAAGCCAAAAAGCAGCGCUCAUUGGGCCUCCCCCCUGA